AAGCAUUCAUAGUGAUGGAAAUUCCAGAGUGAAAAAAAUUGUUAAAUAUUUAAUGCCGUAUGGAACGGGACACGAAUGGUAAGCUGUCAAUGAUAUAGUGACAAUUACAAAGAAAUUAGGCAAAGAUCCCAAGUAUGCAUCCGGCGGAGAAAACGAUUAUUUUUGGCAAGUGUUUCUUCUGUUGAUUGGUGCGCUUCAUCACUAAUCUUUGUUUUCUUCUCCGACACACCUGCAUCGGCGGCCAGGUUUAGGGCUUUCUUUCGGAUUGAAAUAUCCAUCUCGAUUGUCGCCAAGGUUGCUAAUUCCAUCACGAUCUUUAUCAUAGAUAGAGGGGUCAUCAGUUGAGGUUGUUGGUGCGUUUGAAAGCAUGAAUUUCAGGAACAUGGAAGAGUUCUGGGCGUUUUACAUAAGCCAGCACUCGAAACGAGGGACAAGGCGUUGGCAUUUUGCAGGGACAUUUUGCAGUAUUAUGGUGACGGUAUAUUCAGUGGUGUCCUGUAAUUGGUGGUGUUUGAUGUUGGUGCCCCUGAUUGGGUAUGGCAUGGCUUGGUAUAGCCACUUCUUUAUUGAAGGGAAUGUUCCUGCAACUUUCGGACACCCCAUCUGGUCUCUCUUGUGUGAUUACAAAAUGUUUGGAUUGAUGCUUGCUGGGCGAAUGGAUGCAGAAAUCAAGAGGCUUGCUGUUCUUGCUGGUAAACUCACCAUCAAUCGUAUCAUCUUUUCAUAUCAUGAUGAUGAUGAUGAUGCUUUACUCUAAUUUUGACCCAAUAAAGAAGUUUCAGGUGACACAAAAUCAAGCUAGUUGAAAUGAGAAAAGACAGUGACUGGCCCUUUGAUCUGAUUGCUGUCAAAUAAGCUGCUGCUGGUGGUGGUGGUAGCAUUAGGUUUCUAAAGUGAUUGUAUCAAUGAUUGUGCUUAGAAUAAUCAGAUACUAUCUUUCCAAUCAGUCUUGUGUUGAAGUUGUUAAUGGGAUUAAAGAAUGCAUCACAA